GGAGUAAGUGAGUAACCAGAUUUCAGUGGUUGCGGCUCCCUGGGCAAAAAUGGCGCAGCGCUCCCUCGGCCGCCACAAGGCUAUAGCCGAGCCGUCGAAGGUCGCCGCCGGCAACUACACGAAGCACGGCAAGCACUGCACGAAGCAACACGUCCGGAUCGCCUUUGCUGAAAGGAUCAUCACUACGACUACGAAGACGCGCACGCACGUGAAGUUCAUCGUCAUGGGAGCAUACGCCACGGUACGACGUGCAAUCAACCUGCACACGUACACACGAGAGACCAAGGUAGGGUUCGCCGCCUGCGGAAGGCGCAAGGAGGAGACGCGCCACACGCACACGACGAAGCAGCAUGCCCAGUUCGGUCCCGUCGUGGCCAUGCGCGACAAGUGUAAUGCGAACAAGGCACGUGCGCUCGCACAAGCACAAGGACAAGGGAUCGCCGCCGCCGUCGGCAGAGCGGGUCGGGUUUGCUACAAAAAUCAGCCACAGGGACACCGCUUCACAGUGAUCGGUCGCUAAGGCAAUAGCAGGAGUGUGCACUAAGUCUAUAAUAUUUUGAAUAAAAAUAUUUUAUAUCGAAUUAUAUAUUCUCACAGUUUGAUAAAGAUGUUCAAUGGUAUGUAUUCUCUAAAUCGAACUUCAGUCACAACCCUUGAUGCACCAGGGAUAGAUCAAAGCACAGCCUCUUCAGGAUUUAUGAUGUUGUACUAUUGUAUGAUAAAUUAUGCAUGAGACGACAUUAUUUACUGAAACAUAAGAUCCAUUAUGAACUAAUUGAACCGGUGGUUCUUUCAGAUU